UUUGCAGAAUCGGAAAUGCAAACCUCAUCCGACGCUGCUGCAUCCCGCAACCUGGCCGUCUCCAGCAGUGCGAACAAUGUGCUGUCCAGCGACGUGCUGAGCCACUCGGGGUCUGGCGAUGCACCGAGCCGCGGGAGUGGUGCCGUGAGCCCGACCACCUUCUCGAGCGAAUCAUCGAGUCAGCAGUAUCAACAACCGCAGCUGCGCUCUACGCCACCGUCUGCGCCCACAUCUGCUUCUGUACACUCCUCGUCGUCGCCGUCGCUUCUUCAGUCUGGCGAGGCGUCUGCGAGGGUGCCGACGGCGAAAGUGGCUGGCGAAUUCCCGGCCGAAGCGCCAUCAGCGACGCCCACUUUUGCGAAUGCUGCUGCUGCUGCUGCUGCUGGUGGUGCUCCAACCGCCACGAAUAUCGGCACCAGCAGCAAUGCUGGCAGUGGUCACGCCGCGAGUGCGACCGUGUACUCGACGAACGCGGCCGGGAACAAUGUCAUUCAGCUUGCGUCUCCUCCCUCGGCCUCAUCUGCCUCCUCGGACUGGGCUGCGGCGUCGGGCUCGUUCACGACGUCUGCGUCGGGCUCGUCUGUUGCGUCCGUGUCGUCCGUGUCGUCUGCCGCCAGCCGACUGUCCAAGCAGGAGCGCGAUCGCAUCAAGAAGGAGAUCAAGAAGGACGAAGAGUUCCACAGCCUGUUCAAGGUCGUCCCCGAGACCGAAGGCCUCAUCGACGACAUUUCCUGCGCGCUGCAGCGAGAAAUCCUCAUCCAAGGUCGGCUCUACUUUUCUCAGAACUGGCUUUGCUUUUACGCAAACAUUCUCUCGUGGGAGACCUCGCUGGUGCUUCAAUUCGACGAUAUCACGGACAUUACGAAAGAACGCACCGCGCUCAUCAUCCCAAACGCCAUUCAAGUUUCCACACCUACCAGCAAACACACCUUCUCCUCGAUUCUUUCACGCGAUCAGGUGUACAGCAAGCUCGUCUCUGUGUGGAAGUCGCAUGGGAGAGAAGCCUCUGGGUCCACAGCGAAUGGCGACGACGGCACAUCCCGCCAUUCCGAGGACAAACUCAAGGCGUCCGAUGCCGAUGAACCAUCUCGGCCAAGCACCUCGACAGGCCGAACAAGCACAGAUUCAAACGACAGCGGGCCUCAAAGUCCCGCCAGUGUCGCCUCUCCUCCAGCAGCAGUGACUUCCGACGUCCCACACAUCCCUCAUUCGGCGUCUGCGCCCGUUUUCUUUCCUGGCUCUGCGGGAACGCUGCCCAUCCCAACCCCUCAUCCUAGCAUUGCAAGUCUUGAUCCGCCGUCAGUCCCCAGCCCUGCUUCCACGAGCACUGCUACCGCCGCCGCAGUACAGCCGGAACCCGUACCCUUGCCAGCCUAUCCAGAAAAAGAGGUCGUCUGUGGCUGCAGCAGUUCUGAACACUACCAGACUGAAUUUCUCAACCAAGUCUAUGACACGGACGUCGAUACGCUGUACAAUUUGAUUUUCACGGAAUGCGACAGCUAUCUCGAGUUCCUCAAGACAAGGAAAUCCAGCGAGAUUCACAUGACUCCCUGGCACGUGGAGAAUGAUGAAACCGUUCGCGAAGUCAAGUACAUCUUGGAGUUGAACAAAUCUAUGGGUCCGAAAAGCACGCAAUGCAUUGAAAACCAGCGAACUUUUGCGCACCAAUCGUUGGCCAAGGCGAUUGUUGAAACAAACACCACCACGCCUUACGUCCCAUACGGCGACUCGUUUGGUGCGUCGUCGCGCUAUUGCAUCACACACAUCUCGCCAGGCAAGUGCCGCUUGGCUGUCACUGCGCAAGUCAAGUACUUCAAGUCGGUGUUUGGCUUGGUGAAACGCUUUAUUGAGUCGAAUACAAUUGAGGGCUUGCACGAUCACUACAAGGCCCUCGAUGUUUACCUGAAAACCACAAUUGCGAAGACUCCGCGCCCCGAGCCGGCCGCUGGAGCUGCACGGCCGUCUGCCACCCUGCCGGCAGAAGUGCCAGAGGUCAAACCGACCGUUGUGUUGCCCCCGACACCGGCUGCUACUCCUGCUCCAGCUGCGCCAAUCCCUGCUCCGCAGAUUUCAACAUCGGGCGGCUUUUUCUCGUGGCUCACAGCCAACGUGGGCCGAAAUCUUACACCUGCGACCAUCAUCUUGCUCGUAUUUUGCCUUGUGCUCCUCAUCGCCAACGUUGUCCUGUUUGCGCGAGUGGUUCGCAUUGACUCGAAGCUGUACGAGUGGAAUCGUAGGACGGAGCUGAAUUUUGCUGAACUCGCCAGCAAUCCGCCAAGCUCGCCGGAAGCUUGGAUUGAGCUCUUGAGGCAGCAAGCCAUUGUUCAUAGCCAACGAGAAGCAUCAUUGCUCCGCGCUGUGCGAACCGCAAUUGGAGAGUUUGAUAAAAUGUUUGCUCUCGUGUCUGGAAAGGCGGCGGACGGCGUUAGCGAUGCGCUAGACCAAGUCGCGGGCAAAUAGCCAAACCGUGAUGUUCUUUUUUUUUUUUUUUUUUUGAUGAUAUUUUUUUUUUUGUUGUACCAUCUCUGCAUAAUACAAUACGAGCAA